UGGGAUGUACACGCUAGCCACACCACAGGCUUGCAUUGGUGCUCUGAAUGAGGAAGUACGGCAAAGAAGGCGUACUACAAGUAGCUAGAUCCGUGUGGGAUAGUAUCACUUCAAGACGGAACCCAUCAGAAACCAUGGCACAGGCAGAUAUUGCUUUGAUUGGCCUGGCCGUAAUGGGCCAGAAUCUGAUUCUGAAUAUGAAUGACCAUGGUUUUGUGGUCUGUGCGUACAACAGGACAGUGUCCAAGGUGCACGACUUCCUGAAGAAUGAGGCCAAGGGCACUAAGGUUAUUGGUGCUGAGUCCCUUGAGGACAUGGUGUCAAAGCUGAAGACCCCACGCCGCAUCGUGCUUCUGGUUAAGGCAGGCCAGGCUGUUGACGAUUUCAUUGACAAACUGGUUCCUCUUCUGGAGUCUGGCGACAUCAUCAUCGAUGGGGGUAACUCUGAAUACAGAGACACAACACGUCGCUGCCGGAGCCUCAAAGAGAAGAACCUGCUGUUCGUGGGCAGUGGAGUGAGUGGAGGAGAGGAAGGUGCUCGUUAUGGACCAUCACUGAUGCCAGGGGGACACAUAGAGGCCUGGCCUCACAUAAAGGACAUCUUCCAGAGCAUUGCUGCUAAAGUGGGAACCGGAGAACCUUGUUGUGAUUGGGUGGGAGAUGAGGGAGCAGGGCAUUUCGUUAAGAUGGUCCACAAUGGCAUUGAGUAUGGAGACAUGCAGCUUAUUUGUGAAGCCUACCACCUCAUGAAGGACGUUCUGGGAAUGGACCAUGACGAGAUGGCACAGGCCUUUGAUGACUGGAACAAGACAGAGCUGGACUCCUUCCUCAUUGAGAUCACGGCCAACAUCUUCAAGUACAAGGAUGCCGACGGGACCCACCUGCUGCCCAAAAUCCGCGACAGUGCCGGGCAGAAAGGCACGGGGAAAUGGACUGCCAUCUCAGCGCUGGAGUAUGGCACCCCUGUGACUCUGAUAGGAGAGGCUGUCUUCGCCAGAUGUCUUUCCUCUCUGAAGGAGGAGCGAGUGGAGGCCAGCAAGAGUCUCUCUGGGCCCUCCGGCUCCACAUUCAGUGGGGACAAAAAACAGUUCCUGGAGGACAUCAGGAAGGCCCUCUACGCCUCCAAGAUCAUCUCGUACGCACAGGGCUUCAUGCUCCUCCGGCAGGCGGCCAAAGAGUUCGGCUGGUCCCUGAACUACGGCGCCAUCGCCCUGAUGUGGCGAGGGGGCUGCAUCAUCCGCAGUGUGUUCCUGGGUGAAAUCAAUAAGGCCUUUGACAGGGACCCAGAGUUGCAGAAUUUGCUGCUCGACAGCUUCUUCAGUAAUGCAGUGCAGGAGUGUCAGGAGUCCUGGCGUCGCGCUGUAAGCACCGGUGUCCAGCAGGGGAUCCCCAUGCCCUGUUUCACCACAGCCCUGUCCUUCUAUGAUGGAUACAGACAUGACAUGCUUCCAGCCAACCUCCUGCAGGCUCAGAGGGACUACUUCGGGGCCCACACCUAUGAGCUGUUAUCCAACCCUGGGACCUUCAUUCACACUAACUGGACAGGCCACGGAGGAACUGUCUCCUCGUCGUCUUACAACGCCUAAAGCACUUGUACGAGGAGAGGAGUGAAAGAGAAAGCAUCGCUUCCACUGAGGAUCACAGGAUAUCACAGGAUCUCACAUUCCUACUGUUACACAUCCAUUGAGAAUUACACCAACCUAUCCCUAUUUCUGUCAGCUUGAAGUUUCUUAAGGUGUGUUAUUGCAGAGAUCUAUUUAUGACAAGAGUGAGAGAAAUCAUAGUAUGUACACUGAGUGCAAUGUAAACAUUCCCCCUAACUCCCUGGUAAUGUAGAAAGAUAUAGAUAGCUUUUGUAGGCCCUCCGUCACUGGAACAAAUGUUGGAGGUUCAGGGGGGAUCUAUGUGUGUGUGUGUGUGUGUGUGUGUGUGUGUUUGUUUUUGUAUGUAUGGGAGGUAUUCAAGUGGACACAGACACAAACACACACACACGCACACACACACGCACACACACUCACACACAUUUGUAUCUGCUGACAGGCUAUGUUGCUCCAAUCAUGUUUGCCCCAGAGUUCACAACGUUAACCCUGGAUUACGGUUAACCACCGCACUGUAUUAGGCUAAAUAAAGACUUCAAUCCCUUCUAA